UGCGUAAAGGGUAUUCUAGCCACUCAGCCGUGCAUUCCCGUAGGUAAAUUAUUGCAUUCUUCUCACCAUCAUUAUCUCAGGACAUGGCAACAAUGGCUAGCAGCAGCCUUAUCAGAGGCAGCAAAACAACUUUGACUAAUCCAUCAAUACGUAGAUCUGUACUUCGGCAUCGUGUCUUCACCCCUUCAAUAUCUUCAACUUGUCAUCAAAGAUAUCAAGGAACAUGGUCAUCCGUAGUAGGAACGGCAAAAAGCCUGUUAGGAUCACAGGAUCCACCUCCACCUUCAUCAUCAAAAUCUUCAAACAAUAAUACAUCCUCGAGUCAACCACCAAAGCCAAUCAUCAGAGACCCACUAGAACUAGUAGGAAGAGAACUAACAUCAUUACGCAGCAAUGUAAGCUCUUUGCUGGGGAGCGGACAUCCUUCAUUAGACACAAUUGCCAAAUACUACUUUCAAGCAGAGGGAAAACAUGUCCGUCCGUUGAUGGUACUGCUUAUGGCUAGAGCAACAAAUGGACAUAGUCCUCUUUGGCCAGAGCUUUUGGCAAGAUCAAGAGCUCAAUCACAACCUACUGCUGAAGCUGUGGAGAAUGAGAUGGGAAUAAAUGAGCCUUUGAGCCCAAAAGAUGUUUUGAACGAUUUCAAUCCUCAUAUGGAAGGAAUGGAAGGUAAAUUACCGGAAAUGCCCGCCACGGGAGAUGCAGCUACAGAGGAAAUGAGAAGGUUGGCAACAGAAGGUGGAGAUGCGAACAUUUUACCGACACAAAGAAGACUGGCUGAGAUAACGGAAAUGAUUCAUGUCGCCUCGCUAUUACACGAUGACGUGAUCGAUAACUCGGAAAUGAGAAGAGGAACCGCUUCAGCUCCUUCUGCGUUUGGAAACAAGUUGAGCAUUUUGGGAGGUGACUUUUUGCUUGCCCGUGCCAGUGUUGCAUUAGCAAGACUUAGAAAUUGCGAAGUUGUGGAAUUAUUGGCGACGGUGAUUGCUAAUUUGGUAGAAGGAGAGGUUAUGCAACUUCAAGCCCAAUCCUCAAAUUCUCAUCCAUCAGCUCACAAGAGCGCUUUUACCUCAUUUUGGAAUUCACCUGCCGAACAAGAAGCGAGAGAAAAGGCGGCAGAAGCUAAUGCAGUUAAUGCGAAUGGUCCAUCGGCAGCUAUGUUCGAACACUACCUACAAAAGACAUACUUGAAAACUGCUGCUUUGAUCGGAAAAUCGACCCGUGCUGCCACGAUUUUGGGUGGAUUUGGCGAAGACGCCAUUCGUGCUAGCGGUUGUGGUUCAGAGGCAGAACUGAUGGCAAAGAAUGUUCGAGAUGCCGCUUACACAUUUGGCCGUAAUGUUGGUAUUGCAUUCCAAUUGGUCGAUGAUCUUUUGGAUUUCCGUUCCACUUCAGCCGCUUUCGGAAAGCCUUCGGGUGGAGCAGAUCUGCGAUUGGGAUUGGCAACAGCUCCUGUUCUUUUCGCAUGGCAAGAAUAUCCGCAAGAGCAAUUGGGCGAGAUGGUGAAACGUAAAUUCUCGCAGGAAGGAGAUGUUGAAUAUGCUCUUAACAUUGUGCGGAAGUCAAAAGGUCUCGAAAGAACGACAGAAUUGGCCAAACAUCAUGCUCAAUUGGCAAGUGACGCUCUUGCACAACUACCGCAAAGCGAAGCACGAGAUGCUUUGGAACAAUUGAACGAACAAAUUAUAAGUCGAGUCAAAUAAGCACACGCAUAAUCCUGUACAACCGUCACCAUCACUCAAAUGUACUUUUAGCCCCAUCGUUUAUAUUGUAAGGUGACCAAUAGACUUUUUCGAAACCUGUAUUGUGUUUUGCAUGUGCGGUAGUUUUAUUGAGAUCGUGGCUCUGCUUCAGCAUCGCCCUUUUUCGACCUCGAACCCUCAGGCAAGCCCCUUCCUCCGUGAUACACAAAGUAUGUUGACUAGCCUCUUUACA